AUGUUUGAUGACCUGAAGAGUCUAGUGGCUCCUUACAUCACUAAAACCACGACUAAUUUCCGAGAACCUAUAUCUCCUGCAGAGAGGCUUGGAAUAACAUUGAGAUUUUUAGCAACAGUGGAUUCUUAUACCACAAUAGCAGAUUCAUAUAGGACAUCAAAAUCAACAGUUUCAGGAAUAGUCACAGAAACUUGUGAGGCAAUUUGGAAAUCACUCAAAAAAGAAUAUUUAAACCCGCCAACAGUUACAAAAUGGAAGCAAAUCGCUGAAGAGUAUGAGAAAAAGUGGAAUUUCCCACAUUGCAUAGGGAGCAUAGAUGGGGAACAUAUACAAAUUCAAGCACCGAUGAAUUCAGGGUCCCUUUAUUACAAUUACAAGCACACCUUCAGCAUUGUGCUAAUGGCCCUUGUUGACGCCAAUUACAAUUUUGUUUUUGUAGAUGUGGGAGCAUACGGAAAGCAGAGUGAUGGAAGUGUUUUUCCCCACUCUGCUCUCGGUAAGCUCCUAAAUGAAAGGGCCCUGAAUUUGCCGAAUGAAACAACACUUACAACAGCUCAAAAAAAGGCUCCCUAUGUGAUAGUGGGGGAUGAAGCUUUCCCACUCAAACAGCACCGAAUGAGACUAUACCCCGGGGCGAAAUUUGCCAAUUGA